UCACUCGCCCUGAGAGAGAAAGAGAGAGGAGAGAGAGCAGAGCAGUAGAUCUGUCAAAGCUCAUCAGAGGAGAAGACACACCUGAGUUUACACAAAGAGAGAGUCAGCAGACCAAACACUGCCUGUCUACAAUGUCCUACAACAAUCCUUACUCUUCUAAAACAAGUAGCCCUAGCCAGGUAUCCGCGGCCAAACGAUCCUUUCUGAAAGACAGCAGUUGGAUUAAGAAGGAUGGAGAUGACGAUGACGAUUCAGUGUUUCAAGACAAGUUGGCACACAAGACUGGUUCAGUCAGCAACCUCACUAAGAGAUUUGGUGGGAGCCAAGAUCUUGACCAAAGCAGAAAUCAAACCUCUUCAAAGACAGUAGUUACAAGCUCAGGCUCCGGUGUCAAGACAACAACAUCGACAAUAGAGACCAAAACAGUCACACCUACCAAACCUGCACUCCAGACUAAACCGCCUUCGAGUCCAGGAGGAAAAAGUAGCUUCACAGACAGAGUAUUCUCUGCCAACAAACCAAGUGAUCAAACAUCUCCACAAAGUACUACCACCACAACUACCACCGUGUCAAGGAAGACCACUUACACCGAGACAACCAAUGGGGUCAAUACCAAGAUCUUAAGCCCCACCUCCACUGUCAAUACCAAGAUCUUAAGCCCCACCUCCCCUGUCAAUAUCAAGAGCAGUGUGGAGAGCACCCCCAAAUCUCCUGCACCAGUUCCAAUUACAAGGAGCAGUUCCAAAACAAUAAGCAGUGUGACAGAGUCCCCAUCCCCAACACUGUCAGGAUCCAAGUCUCCAAGCUACAAAUCAAGCACUUUGGACAAUCUGGCAGACACACUGAUUGAUAUUCCCACCAAACCCGCAGACACUACUACUGUGAAAACCAGAACAAGCAUCACAAGGAAGGGAAGUGAGGUGGACUCCAUCCCUGCAAGACAUCUGGACAGCCUUGCAGAUACACUCGACCCCUUCUCAUCCACCACAACACCUCAAGAGAAAACUCGUGGCAGUUCAUAUGACAGCCUUUCUGAUUCACUUCUGUCUUCCCCAACUAAGUCAACUAAGACGGAGACAUCCUAUACAAAGAGCACCAAGCACAGCUCUGGAGAUACAUUAAUUUCCUCCAAAACAUCUCCAAGCGUGCAAUCCAUGUCUAAAAGAACGGUGUCGGACAGAAACGUGUGCUCCUUCUGCCAUCAGCCCAUCACAGAGUCCAUCAGGAUGGUUCUGGACGAGCUAAAGAUCUUCAGCCAUGCCGACUGCUUUAAGUGUGUUGGGUGUCACUGUAAGCUGAGCAAACUGGAGGCUGGAGACAGUCUAUGGGUUUACAGGGACGCUGUGAACUGUGACAACUGCUAUAUGAAGAUAAAAGAUCGUUGGUAUCAUUGAGAAUGGACAAAACAUGGACAUGAAUGCAGUCAGCGUUGUGGAUUCUAAACACUAUUGAUCAAAUGGACAUAUAUUAACAAUCUUAUCAACAUAAACUAUGCAUUAUUCCUUCUACUUAAAACUGCAUAUAGUUCAUUCAAUAUAAUGUUUGAAUUGUUUUAAUGUAUUUCUCUAUUUCUCUAUGUUACAAAAGAGAUGGAAACAAAUUCAUUUAAAACAAGUAAUCUUCUUUGCGUAAAUAACUAAUCAAAAUGCAACUAACUUGCCUGUUAAUUAUGAUUAUGUUCAAUAAAGGUAGGAUAUUGUUACUAAA